AUGGCAUCUGCCCCUAUCCAGGUGUCUCCUGAAGAUCCUGGCGCUCAGUUUCUGAUUCGUACUGGGUCUGUUGGGCGAAAUAGAGCCGAAGCAUCUUUGGAGCGAGCUCAGAAUCUUAACCCCAUGGUGGACGUGAAAGUGGACACAGAGGACAUAGAGAAGAAAACAGAGUCAUUUUUCACUCAGUUUGAUGCUGUGUGCCUGACUGGUUGCUCAAGGGAUGUCAUCAUUAAUGUUGACCAGAUCUGCCACAAAAACAGCAUCAAGUUCUUCACCGGAGAUGUCUUUGGCUAUCAUGGUUACACAUUUGCCAAUCUCGGAGAGCAUGAGUUUGUUGAGGAGAAAACCAAAGUUGCCAAAGUUAGCCAAGGAGUGGAAGAUGGGCCUGACACCAAAAAGGCAAAACUCGACUCAUCUGAGACAACAAUGGUGAAAAAGAAGGUGGUUUUCUGUCCCAUCAAAGAGGCCCUGGAGGUGGACUGGAGCAGUGAGAAGGCCCAGGCUGCCCUGAAGCGCACCGCCACCGAUUACUUCCUCCUGCAAGUUCUUCUAAAGUUCCGCACAGAUAAAGGAAGAGACCCUGGUUCCAGUACCUGCAGGGAGGAUUCCGAGCUGCUGCUCCAGAUCCGCAACGACGUGCUCGACACCCUGGGCGUCCAUCCUGACCUGCUGCCCGAUGACUUUGUCAGGUACUGCUUCUCUGAGAUGGCCCCGGUGUGUGCAGUAGUUGGAGGGAUCUUGGCACAAGAGAUCGUGAAGGCCCUGUCUCAGAGGGACCCACCACACAACAACUUCUUCUUCUUUGAUGGUAUGAAGGGCAGUGGGGUUGUGGAGUGCCUGGGCCCCAAGUAAGCCCAAGCCUGCCACCUGCCACCAUCUGUUGAUGUCCUUUACCCGGGAGGGUGGCACAGCCCUGCUCUACCCCAGCUUCCCUGCAAGGAGCAGCCUGCCUCCUGACUUCUCAGCCCUGUUCCUCAGCUGAGCCCACAGGAGGGGUGUGACUUCAGGUGGGGACUAGGCCCAGACUUAAGGGAGCCCUAGUUGGAACCCCAGCUCCUCCAGAGCAUCAUCAAGCGCCUCUGCCUGCAGUGUUGGGGAAGUCCUGUUCUGGUUCUUGGCGGGUGCGGUGCCCUCCUCCGCCAACCCUGUCCUUGGCGCGUGGCCCUGCAGGCCUUUGCCGAGGCUGUGCCCGUCCACCGGGCAGGGAGCCCCACGGCUCUUCUGUGUUAUAGCUAUUUUCUACAUUUUCUUCAUUUGUUUCGUGAGAAAUGAUAAUAAAGUUAUUUGCUUUA